AGGAUGAGGUUAAAUUUCUGAUUUAUUCAUAUCCAUCUGGGCUUUAUCUUAUCUUCAAGAACUGCACCAAAUUCCACAAUUAAACAUUGCCAAAUGAUUACAGGGACGAUGGCAACGAUGAUGAAGCUGCAGAUUUCAAGCAGCAAAGAUGACAUUUUUAUUCCAUUAUUGGCCACAAGAACAGCUUCUUCUUUCCAGUUCUUCCCUGCGAGUUUAUCCCAAUCAAUGGCCUCACUUCACUCCAAUUUCCAAUUUCGACGCAAUCUUCAUCUACUUAAGGGUUGCGCGACGAGGAGGAGAAGAGCUAAUGUGCAGAGCGACACGUAUGUCUUAAUGGAGCCUGGCAAGAACGAGGAAGAAUUUGUGUCGGAGGAUGAAUUGCGUGAGAGGUUAAAAGGGUGGUUAGAGAAAUGGCCUGGAAGCUCCCUCCCGCCUGAUCUGGCAAGAUUCGACUCCAUUGAUGAAGCUGUGGAGUUUCUGGUAAAAUCUGUCUGUGAACUCGAAAUUGAUGGCGAUGUUGGUUCAAUUCAAUGGUAUCAAGUCCGAUUGGAAUAAUAAUCGACAAAAUUCAUCAUCA